GGGAACCCAAAAGCCUCUCUCGGGUUUGGUUUGCUACAACUCUUUAGGGUUUCAGAAUUUGAAAACGAAUAGGGUUUUAGAGUAGCGAUCAUGGCAGCAGCUAGGGUUUUCGGAGCAUGCGCCGGCAGAGCGCUCAUGGCGGCGGCGGCGAAAGGCGGAGCCGCCGCGGCCAAGAAGGUAGCUGCUUCCGGCGGUGAAGCCACCAUCAAGACGGCGAAGAAGACGGUAUCGAACAGGAGCCGUUCCAGCCCCAACGCGGGCAUUCAGAAGGUGGUUCCGGUCUCUUCUGAGCUCGGCAAGUUCCUCGGCUCACCCGAAGUCUCGAGAACCGACGCCGUCAAAAGAGUCUGGGAAUACAUCAAGCAUCAAAAUCUUCAGAAUCCUACAAAUAAGAAGGAGAUCUUUUGUGAUGAAAAGUUGAAGACCAUUUUUGAUGGGAAAGAUAAAGUAGGGUUCACAGAAAUUGCCAGAUUGCUGUCUAACCAUUUUGUGAAAUCAGGCUGAUGUUCAGCUUUGUUGGACUCUUCGUGAUGGUAACUUGUUCUAGUACAUUAAGUAGGUCUUUUUAUCUUCAAGUACAUGGUUUAUGAUUAACCGCUAAAGAAACUUGGAAAUUUGUAAUGUCACACUUAUGGGUUUGAACGUGGUGUUAUUUUGUCUCACUGUCUGUUAUUUCACUUUGUUAGGAUUAUACUCGCUUCAUGCUUUAUGCUUCCAAGCCAUAUGUGUUCAUUACUUCAUUUGAGUCCUUGGUUUUUGACAAGCUAAAUUGA